ACCUCAGCCCCGGCCGGAGCCGCGCCGCCUCCUCAGGCCGCAGCCCCCCCCUCCUCCUCCGCCUCAGCCCGGCCCUGCGGCUUUCCUCGGGCGGUGGGGCUCCCGCUUCUCCUGGAGGUGCCCCGCGGUGGGAGCAUGGCCCUUCCCGUGGCCUCUCCUUCGCCCCAACACCGCUUCCCCGUCAGGGCGGCCUGGGCUCCCGCACGGCCGCGCUGGGGCUCUGGGCAUGGCUGGAGGCAGAGAUGCUGUGUGGAGACCGGAGGCACCCAGGUGUAAUUAAAGCCGGGGGCGGGGAGGGGGGAUAUACCAACAUCUGGCUUUCCUAGACCUCCCAGUCUCUCAUCACCGUCACUUUGCUCGGCGGCAGCCUGAUAACGCAGGGGAAGAUGACAACAUGCAAUUGAAGGGAUAUUUCAACACUAAAAGGCUGCUUCGUUUGAUACCUGUGUUGUGAUCAGCUAAGGAUCGUAGUUUUUGCAUGUGAACUUUGUCCCUGCUCAGAUUUGUGGAAAUCUGUGCUUUACCUAGAAGCGUGAAAAGUGCAACUGGGCUAAUUGUGGAGGGAGAGGAUCUGGUUUUUAAAAGUUUGUUAAAAAUAAGCCCUACUCAUAGUCGUGGUCCCCAUUUCCAAUAGGAGAAGGGAAACAAGGUUAAACAAAGACGUGGAGUUACCUGAAGAGGAAUUUAAAUGUCAGAGUUCUAUGUUCUGCAUAUAAAACAUGCAUUUUAUUGGAAGCAAGCUAGCAUCCAGUAAAAGUGAUCAUUUCAGAAGUAACUCACACCUGUCACAACUUGGAUAUUCCUUGAUCUCAUUAGAAAAAUGUCUUCAAUAUUGUAGGACGUGGAAGAAUAGUUGUUCAUCAUAUAGCUGUGCUAAACCCAGGUUGGACCAGUUGUCCCAGUGGGGCUUGUGUACAUCAGAAAGAAUUUGUUCAUGAUCCAAAGUGGAACACUGUUAAAGGCACAACUUUUUAUUCAUACUUUAAAUCUAAAAAUGUAGAUUUUUAAUAGCAAAAAGAGCUUAAGUGGAAGAAAGAAACAAGCCUAAGAACAACGUAUACAAAAGAAAGUCAAGGGAAUCAACAACCUCAGGGAAGAGAGUAUUUUAAUGCAGCAUGUUACAUAAAGCAUACUGACUAAAGAUAUAAGCAACCCUACUUGUGCAGAUGCAAAGAGUUGUUGUGUAUGUAAGAGGAGGGGAAAAAAAAAAAGAAUCAAAUUGCCUGGUAAACCCAGCUAAGCCUUCAACUUGAUGUGUUUCCACUGUGAAGUAAUAAAACACAAUCAAUUUUUUUAGAGAAAAUGAAGGAGUAACUAUAGAAAGGAGAGGGGUGGCAUUUUUUUAAGUUUUAUUAAUGGUCUGGAACUGGAUUGAUGUGUUUGAGACAUGAAUGUAUUAAAAACUGGCUUGAGUUCCCUGCCUAAGUAUAUCCUAUUUUGUGUGUCUCUGCAGGUAAUCAGGAUGGUAUGUUAUUUGAAUAACUGUGAAAUUUCCUUAGACUCCUGUAGCUUUUCUUUUUUUCCUCUGAAAAUGAAAGUGUAUAAUUUGCUCUUGCUGAAUGAAACAAAUAAACCCCAACAAUUUAGCUGUAGGCAGAUCUUCUGAUCCCAGGAAUGAACUCUAAAGCUGCUGCUUCUGUGGUUGUUAUUGUGAGCAGAGAAAGGCAUUGUAAAUAAAUGCAUUUAAAAAAAAUAAAUAAUGUUGUGUUUUCUGAAAAGGAUUUUUUUUUUUUAAGAUAUGGGAAGAGAUGAAAAGCUAGGUUAAUUUUGAGUGAUAAGUUCUUCUAUGUUCUUCUCCUCCUACACCUUUUCCUUUAAAACCUAUAGAUAUUUUACUACAGGAAGCGUAUAGCCAUGCUUGGUGUAAUGCAUAGUCAAGGAAGGUGCUUACUUUUCUCCUCCCGCCCCCCCAAGCCUGAAUAGGUUGCUGGAGAUGAUCAUGUCACUGAAGUCAGAAGUGUUUGUAAUUCAUAUAUCUGUGUCACUGAAGAGUUUCCAAAUUGGGGGUUAGCUCAUCUAGGACUUAAGAGGACCUAAGAAAUUCUACAGGCUUCAGUGGAAAUUCUCCCUGCAGUUGCUGUCUGUAUUAUUAAGUGCUUUACUAAUGAUGGUGGCUCAAGCUCUAAAGAUGAGCUGUGUGAAAGUGCAUUUGCUAAAGUAAGCAAGCUUUUACACUAGGUCAGAGGUUUCUUUAACUUCUGCGAAAUCAGCAUCCUGAUGCAUGUUCAAAGAGAAUGUAAUUUGAGAUUUUUUCUGGUUCUUGCUGCCUGUGUCUUAAUUUCCCCUAGUUGCUAUUAGAGAUAGAAAGUCCGCGUGUGGCAAGAAUUCUGACAGGCAAGCCAAACUUGCACUGUUUGUUGGAUUUGAAAUGAAAAAUGACCUAUAAGCAUAGGAGCUAGAAUAAUCCUUUUAUAUAAAGGGUUCAGUGGAAAAGCUGACAUGUUAGUAAAAUGUUCGUAGUGUUUGAAGACAGGCAUUGCACGUUUAAAUUGUCUAUUGUGGUUUUCCCCACUAGUGUCAGGUACUGGAUGCCAGAUCUGCUGCAUUUUGGUUUUCAUUGUUUGAAUGGGGGAUGGGAGUGCUGGUAGGUGGUAAUGCUUUUCUGGUGCUUGUGGUCCUUAAGGUACCUAAAGGUCUCCCUCAAAGUACUUCAUAUACAGCAGCAUAACUUAGUGUUCAAGUGCGUGCUCUAUACCUCACCUUCCUUUAUUACUCUUUCAGUUUUAGUGCUUAUAGAAAGCUGCUGAAGAUGGGAGGUGCAGUGAGUGCAGGAGAAGAUAAUGAUGAAUUAAUUGAUAACCUGAAGGAGGCACAAUAUAUCCGGACAGAACUGGUAGAACAGGCGUUCAGAGCCAUUGAUCGAGCAGAUUACUAUCUGGAAGAGUUCAAAGACAAUGCCUACAAGGACUUGGCAUGGAAGCAUGGAAAUAUUCAUCUCUCGGCACCAUGUAUUUACUCUGAGGUGAUGGAAGCUUUGGAUCUGCAACCGGGGCUGUCAUUUUUGAAUCUUGGCAGUGGCACUGGUUAUCUGAGUUCCAUGGUUGGACUCAUCUUGGGUCCUUUUGGUGUUAACCAUGGUGUGGAGUUGCAUUCCGAUGUGAUCGAAUAUGCGAAGCAGAAAUUGGACUUCUUCAUUAAAACAAGUGACAGCUUUGACAAAUUUGAAUUUUGUGAGCCAUCUUUUGUUACCGGCAAUUGUUUAGAGAUUUCUCCAGACUGUACUCAGUAUGACCGUGUUUACUGUGGUGCUGGAGUACAGAAGGAACAUGAAGACUACAUGAAGAACCUGUUGAAAGUUGGGGGAAUUCUUGUCAUGCCUCUAGAAGAGAAGUUGACUAAGAUAACUCGUAUUGGUCCUUCUGCCUGGGAGACCAAGAAGAUUCUUGCUGUUUCUUUUGCUCCUUUGAUUCAGCCUAACCACGCAGAUUCAGGAAAAUCAAGGCUUGUUCACUUGCCCCCAGUGGCUGUUCGCAGCCUCCAGGAUCUGGCUCGCAUAGCCAUCCGAGGAACCAUUAAAAAAAUUAUACAUCAAGAAACAAUGGGCAAAAAUGGAAAUGGGCUGAAGAACCCUCCAAGAUUUAAACGAAGACGAGUGCGUCGCCGUCGCAUGGAAACUAUUGUUUUCUUGGACAAAGAGGUCUUCGCUAGUCGUAUCUCCAACCCAUCAGAUGAUAACAACAACAGUGAGGAUAUCGAGGAUGAGAGACGAGAAGAGGAAGAAACUAAACCCUCUGAACUAAAGCCAGAUCCCCCUGUAAACUUUUUGAGGGAAAAGGUCUUGAGUCUGCCUUUGCCUGAUCCCUUGAAAUAUUACCUGCUUUAUUACAGGGAAAAGUAAUUUCCUUCUUCUAGAAAGUGGGAAGUAGGCAGAAAAUAAAGUAUUACUUAGGGCUUGACAAAUGUAUACCACUUGCUUGCCUGCUAAUAUGACCACCCAAAGCAGUAGGCUAGCUGGGGAACAUGGCUGCUGUACACUUAAACAUUAUAGCUUUUUUGAGUUUCUUCUUUCUUCUCAGUUGUGUGCUAUAGUUUUAUCCUACAGCAGGGAUUCCUUAGGAAGCAAGUUGGUGAAAUGCUCAGCUGCUUAUGGAAAGGAGGAUUUAAUUCUCUGAAACUAACUGCACAGAGAUAUUCUAAAAAUCUCAUGGCUGCUCUACCGAAUUGCAGUGUUUAAAUAUUCUCAAGCAGUUCCCCAAAGACCUUUGCUGUCUGUGCUUUCUCCCACUAAACCUGCCAUCUAUUUACUGUGGUGUGUGUUUAAUGGAGGAUGAAGAUUAUUAGUAAAAACUGACCUGGCAAAUCUUGUUUCUUCCAGUAACCUGAAAAAGCACAACUUUUACAGAAAGGAAAGAAUUUUUGGCAUUACCCUUGUGGCAGCCAGGUUUUGAAUGAGAAGGAAAGCAUCAGCUCCCCUGUGGUUGGUCUCAGUUUUGCAUAUAAACUAUAUAUAAUUUUUCAGUAAAAGGUAAAAAUGUUUUAGAGAAUACUGAUUUUCUUAAUGGGAAACACCUGUUCUAGUGAAUUAGUCUAAGAGAUGCAAAGUUGUUUUUUGGUUUUUGUUUUUUUUUUAAAGCAAUGGAGGCAAGUAAAGAAUUGCAAAGCUGAUUAGCUUUGACAGGAUGCUAAGGUAGUCAGGGUUGUGACUGUUGUCUCUGGAAAUGUUUACAGAGUAAUUCUGAAUGGGGAAGAGGGUAGAGAGAUGCGAAGCAGUGAGUUUGUGAAAACUGACUGUGAAAGCAGAAUCUGCGGAUUUUGCUGUUAUAUGAGAUAACUUAAAUCUGCUGGGCUGAACAGAGUGAAGUGCAGCGUGCUAGCUUGAGCAGAGUGGCUUGUGUCCUGGUAAAUCAGCCAAAUGUAGUUUUGUGGAGGGUAUGUAGAACCUGAAAACAGUCUAGAAAACCAAAUUGAUGCAAUUCUUAGGUGUUCCUGUGUGUGUGCCCCUGCUGUAGCAAGGUGGCUAGAAUACAACCUGUGUACACACGGUCCACAUACGGUAGGUAGAAUGAAGUUGAUCAACUUGUUAAGUUAUUUUAUUCCUGUAACAAUUAAGUAGAUGUUUUAACAGGCUUAUAUAGAAGGACUUUACGCUCUGCAGUUCUGUGGAUGUGAACUCUAAUUUUUAUUCCCAAGUCUUCCUGUAAUGGUGAUAGAAGUAGAUAUCGUGUUUAGAAGGGGAAGUUUACUUGGUUCAGCCUGUUUGAAAAACCUACCUAAACUGGUAAAGGCUGGAAAGAAACCCUUGAGCUUGUAUUGAUGUGAAAUACUCUUAAAGCUGGUGGGGGGGAACCCCUCUCCGUAGGUAAUGAAGCUAUGUUAAGGCAUUGCCCCAUCAGCAGCACUUAAGUUGGUAUCACUUUGAUAUCUUUUUUUUUUUUUUUUUAAUGCUGUCUCCUCAUUUUCUGAGGAGGAAUGAAUGAAGACUGUCUUGCCAAAAGUACGUUGGGUUUUCGGUUAAUGGUACUGAGUUGCACAACUUGCCUAAUGAUAAAUGGUGUUUCAAAGUUCUGUGCGGCUUUGAAAAUAAACAGAUAACUCUUGUACAUCUCUAAGCCCAAGGUGGAGAAUUCUUCCUUGCUUAAUAGGCUUUUUUAUAUCUUUGAGAAUAUCAUCUGAUAAUACGGUGUCAUGUGGCCGCUGGCACAUAACACAGUCGUAGGCUGUGCUUUGCCUUUGGUUUCCUAAGUCUCCACUUCUGGCCUAAAUGGUACCCUAAGCUAUCUUGCUCCCUCAGAUUUUUAUUUGUUUAUUUUAAAUGGGGCAGUUCUAUGGCCACUGAGCUGAUGGUUUCCUGUAAACAUGCAAGUACCCAUCUUGUAAUUCUGGCAACUACAAUGAAUUUCUUUCUACAAAUGAAAAUCCCGGAUAUGGUGUUAAAUAGAGGCUUAAUAGAAUCUACGUGUAAUAUUUCCCUGUGCUUCCCUGAAGGCUGUCACCUCUGUAUUUGUUAGGCAUUUCUGCUUAAUAGCUGUCAUACCAGGUAUGUGCCUUUCUGUAUUGUGGCACAAUUUCCACACCCCUACAUAGUACAGGGUGCCUCCUACUUUUGGCUAUCAGGUCAUCCUUCAGUUUGUUAAUUACAAAACUUCUUUUAAAGAAGUUGCUUUAAAAAUGACAUUAAACUUCAAGUUCGUAUUAGUUAGCCUUGUUGAGAUUCUGUUAAAGCUGACCAGUUGAGGGAGAAUUAUCUUUCAUUUAUCCCUGUUUGAUUUUAGCCCCAUCCCACCCCCAGUUGUAAAAGAUAUUUUAUCAGAUUUUUCACCAGAUUUGCCUUUUGUAUUACAUUUGCUAGAUUUUUGUAGCUUUCUAUAAGAUGCAUAAAAUACUGCUAUUUUUCCUGGAUAAGGUUGAAUAAAUAAAUAUAUAUACAGGAAAUUUAUGUUCUAGGUUGUCAGAUUGUCACCUUGUCCAAAAACCCACAGAUCCAAACACAGAGUAGAAAUUUUAUGUGUAAUAUAACUGUGAAAUAGUAUUGCUUAUAGCCUGUAAAUGAAGGGGAACUGUAAAUACAUUUUCCCUGUGCACAAGGACUUGCACUGUAGUUUUGUAUGCAUUUCUAAUAGAGUAAUUGUAGCAUAACUGUUUUUGUGUAGUCUGUAAGCUGUCUAGGAAUUUUACCUGCUUGGUUUCCUUUUGUGUUCGAAGUAGUCUUCACUUUAAUGGUAUGUGGCUCCUUUUAGGUUUCGAUACUGCAGUAAAUUUGCAAAAAGAAAUGAACUUCAAGCUGCUUUAAUCAUUAAUGUGUAAGUUGAAAAAUCUAUGUGUAGAAACUAGAGUUAAAUUGGCCUGAGGCAUGCGAAAGUGUUACACAAUUUAAACAUUAUUAAUAAGUGUUUCUGUAUCAAUAAAUUCAGUAAAGACUUUUUAGCCUUCUUAACAUGGCUUUGCAUCAUGUUGUGAUUAGAAUACUUUGUAGAUAAGUACUUAUUUCCAUAAUUGAAGGUUAAGACACCAGACCACUAGAAAAAACACUUAAUAAUAUGGUGCAGGUGCAUAGUUUUAGAUGAACUCCUCAGAAUAUAAUCUCUCAAAAGAAACCUGCCCAGCUGAUGUUUUCUAAACCUUUAUGUAAUGGAGUUGUGCAAGAUGCGUUUUGGAAUUAGCACACACAGAACUGAUCUAGAUUUAAUAUAUCAGAACAGUUAAAGAGUGAAUUUACUUACCUGGCUGUUAGACCUGUAGACAACAAAUAUCAAGAUGUCAUUUAGUCCACUGCUGUAUUUCAAGGAAUGGCCUAAACCAAACAUGUCAGGAGUUUGUUUAAUGCAUUCUGAACUGCAACUCCCCUCUGGUCUCCUGUGCUCUGUUUCAGUGCUUAAUUCAUGGCAAUUUUUAAGAGCUGGUGUUCAAGG